UUCUAACAACGAGCUGGACGACCUGAUUGAAGCAGUACUUUCUUCAGUGUUACAGCUAACAUAUGAACUGUUGCACUGAUGUAGACGUUUACACAGAUCUGGCACAUCCGUGUGUGUCCACCAAUUAUUCUGCUAGACUGAUAUACAACUUUGUCUGAACAGGUAUAUCUUCAGAUUCCGCUGAACAUGUUCUGAUUACUUCUUCUGCAUCAUGUUCUGUUUUCUGCACUAAAUUUUAUUUAGGUAUGUGGAAUCGUUAUGAUAUGAGACCUGCAAGCCUGUUCCCCGUACUUGAGUUAUUUUGUUCUGGAGAUUUAUCUGCUUUGGUCUCGGGAUACCAUCAGUCGUCAGGUAUGCAAAACUUUACUGUAUAGUGUAACAAACCUGGAGACUUUUAACUGCAAGAGAGACAUAAUUGUGCCAUUCCUUGUCCCUACCAAUACAAAAGGUGAGAGUGACACAUGACUUGCUUCAUUUGUUGCGCCUUUACCCUGGUGGAGUUUGCUCGUCCAACUUUACACAACAUAUAAAAUCUAUUCUAGGCCUUAGCUGCAUAUUCUGCUGUUGAGUCCUAAGAGAUCUCCCUAACAAACAUUACCUGUUUAAGUUGAUGCUUGAACUAACAGAGCUGGUGAAGAUGGAUAUAAGCACAGAAAGUCCUUGCUACUCUUUUGUUGAUUAGUUAUAGACGAGGAUCCCAGCAUUGCAAGAUGCCGAGUGAGAAGAAGGUCAUCAGCAGUUUCACUGUGAAGGUCGGAUUGGCGCUGUUUGCAGGAUGCAUUCUUGCGCCGAUUUCGCUCAUGACGAUGUUCAGGCUUGCAGUUCCUCUUCAAACAUUGAGGUUGCUGUUUUCAGUUGGUUCAGUGUCUUCAAUGACACUGGGAGAACAGACGGGCUCUGCAGAUGGAGCAGCGCUGUUCUGUGACAUGUCAAGCCCAAGGUCAGACGUCUGCGAGCUGAAAGGCGACGUCCGGGUUUUCCUUCCCAACACCACCAUCGUCUUCCUCCAUCCCACCAUCAGGCGUCGGUCAUGGAGGAUGAAGCCGCACGCGAGGAAGAACGACCGCCACGCGCUCUCCAGCGUCACUGAGGUGUCGCUGUCAGUCGUCGCCUCGUCGUCAUUGCGUCAUGCUCCGUCAGGCUGCACGGCGGAGAGUGCCGCCCCUGCUGUUAUCUUCUCGGCUGGCGGCUAUGCGGGCAACAUGUUCCACGACUUCACUGAUGUGCUCGUGCCGUUGUUCAUCACCGCCAGCCGGUUCCACGGCGAAGUGCACUUCCUCGUCAGCGACGCUCCAUCGUGGUGGCUCGACAAGUACCAGCCACUGCUCCGCAUGCUCUCCCGCCACGCCAUCAUCGACAUGAACCGGCGGAGUUCAGAGGUGCUCUGCUACCGUCACGUGAUCGUAGGCCUCAGAUUCCACAAGGAGAUGAGUAUCGACGCCGCCAAGACUGUCGGCGGGCGCUACUCCAUGGCCGACUUCGCCCGCCUUGCCCGGACAUCCUACGGCCUCGAGCGAGACAGAGCCAUCCAGCUGCCACGCAACGAUAACAACAAUGGCGGCAGUGGUGUCGAGAGCCACCACCGGCCCAGGCUUCUCAUCAUAUCACGGAAGGCAACACGGGCGUUCACCAACGUCGACGCCAUUGCCAGGACUGCAUCCAUACUGGGCUACAAUGUGGUCGUCGGCGAGGCAGACCAGCAGUCAGACCUGGCCGCCUUGGCGCGGCUGGUGAACUCGUGCGACGUGCUGGUGUGCUUGCACGGCGCCGUGCUGACCAACCUGGUGUUCCUCCCGGCGGGGGCCGUGGUGGUGCAGGUGGUGCCGCUGGGCGGGCUGGAAGCAGCGGCCGUGGAGGCCUUUGGCGCCCCGGCACGCGACAUGGGGCUCGGCUAUGUGCAGUACAACAUCGCCGUCGAGGAGAGCUCGCAGGCGGCGCGCGUGCUGGCGGAGCCGCCGGCCGUGAGGAAGGAAGGGUGGCUGGCGCUGUGGUCGGCGUACCUCGUCGGCCAGAACGUGACGCUCGACGUCGCUCGGUUCCGUGGCGCCUUGUCGCGCGCGCUCGAGCUUCUUCGCCACUAGACUACUAACUCUGCAGGCCGUAGAUGCUACAGCAAAAGCUUGGGCUAUGGCAGACGAGACAAAAUUAGCUUGAUUGCAAAUCAGGGAUGUUGAGCGUGCUAAUAACGACGGUGGACAUCAAUCCUGGGGAAGAUUCAAGGAGUGGGCAUAUCACAGCACAAGAUGAAAGUGGGGUUCAAACUUGUAAGGAACAUUCUGAACUGGAAUUGAAACUACUCCUAAUACUAGCAAAAAUUCAUUCAUAUCCGUAUCCAUCGGAGUUCCAUGCCAGUGGUUUGACACAAGCCGCAAUUACAGGCUACUAGUACUGACUGACUGUUGGUGUUUCCAUCACAAUUAUGUGCUUUGAUCAACCCAUUCAUAUUAGCAACUUUCUUUUCAGUUUGUA